AUGCAUGCUUUGCGCAAACUUUGGUCAGAAAGCUAUUCUACAUUGAAUGAUGAUAUGGAAUAUAUUGCUCAAAGAGCUGCGAAAUUGAAAACAGUUUCACAAAUUGAAAAAUACAUAAAAGCUGUUGUGCAACAGGCAAUUGUUAAAACGUCAGUGAAAUUAGUAACAGGAAAGCAUGCAACUAUUGGUAUGUGUGUUAAGUAUACGAGUUUUCUUAUUUUAUUCCCUUUAUUCGAAAAUAAAGACGCUCAAUGGUUAGCCGAACAAUUAAGAUCAGUGAAGGAUAAGGGUGAAGAUGAAAUAUAUAAAUUAGCCAUAUCACUUUAUACAUAUGAAUGUUUUCUAUACAAAUUAAUAAAUAAGACUUUAGGAGAAGAUGAUUAUAGUAAAAUUCAAACAUUGGCGCCUUUUUGUAGUUUAUUACAUACAAGUAAUUGUGUAGCUGCAACAAAAUCAUAUAUUUAUAAAGGUAUUUAUCGUGGAAUGCAUUUAGAUCAAGAACAAAUUGAAUAUUUUAAACAAGCUAUAAAGAACGGUGAUAAACAAUGGUUGGUUUUCUCGUCAACAAGUCAAAGUCAAGAUAUGGCUGAAAACUUUGAGAAUACACUGUUUAUUAUUGACAUUGUCAGAGAAUAUAAUGAUAUGGAUAUAUCGGAAUUAUCCUUUUUUCCUAGCGAACAGGAAGUAUUCAUAUCUGCAUCAACAAAAUUUAAGGUUGAAAACGUUGACUACGAUGUAAAUAAAAAUAAGUACUUCAUUUACUUGACAAUUUAA